GUCCCAUGCAUGCAUCGCUCUUUCAAAGCUGCUGAGUGUGUCUGUUCAGACAGAGAUGCGUGCAUUUGACGUGUACAGAGCAGGACAGCACAAAUGCAUUUCAUCAUCGGGGUUGCACUCGCGCAGCACAACACAAAGAGCGAGCGCGAGCUGCUGUCGUCAACGGUGCAUUUGUAAUCAAGGUUAAGACACUGUGUCCGCCCGCGAACGGCUCGUAGACUCUGAGCAAAGAUGGUGUAAACUGCAGAAUGGAUUUCCGCAUGAUAAACGAGCAGCAAGUGGAGGAUAUCACCAUCGACUUCUUCUACAAGCCGCACACAAUCACAUUACUCACGUGCACCGUGCUCAGUCUGAUGUACUUUGCGUUCACGCGAGAUGACUUGAACCCUGAUAAUAACCUCUGGGUGGGACUGAUCUUGGUCAUCUCCUUCUUCCUGGUCAUCAGUGUCCUCGCCUUCCCCAAUGGUCCGUUCACGAGGCCUCAUCCAGCAAUAUGGCGAAUCGUGUUUGGACUGAGCGUGAUGUACUUCCUCUUCCUCGUCUUCAUCAUCUUCCUGAACUGGGAGCAGGUGAAAGCGCUCAUGUACUGGCUUGAUCCCAAUCUGCGUUACGCCAAAAGAGAAGCUGACAUCAUGGAGUAUGCAGUGAACUGUCACGUGAUCACGUGGGAGCGAAUCCUCAGCCACUUUGACAUCUUCGCCUUCAGUCAUUUCUGGGGUUGGGGAAUGAAAGCGCUCCUCAUCCGCAGCUACGGCCUCUGCUGGACCAUCAGCAUCACAUGGGAGCUCACGGAGUUGUUCUUCAUGCAUCUUCUUCCUAAUUUCGCCGAGUGUUGGUGGGAUCAAGUGAUCCUGGAUAUUUUGUUAUGCAACGGCGGGGGAAUCUGGCUGGGAAUGACCGUCUGCCGGUUCCUCGAGAUGCGCACGUAUCACUGGGCCAGUAUCAAAGCUAUUCACAGCACCACUGGGAAGAUCAAACGCGCCGCUUUGCAGUUCACUCCUGCCAGCUGGACGUACGUGCGCUGGUUUGAUCCAAAGUCUUCUUUCCAGAGAGUCACUGGAGUCUAUCUGUUCAUGAUCAUCUGGCAGCUGACUGAGUUAAACACGUUCUUCCUGAAGCACAUCUUUGUGUUCCCAGCAUGCCAUGCUCUCAGCUGGUGCAGGAUUCUCUUCAUUGGAAUCAUCACAGCGCCCACUGUACGGCAGUAUUAUGCGUACCUCACGGACACACAGUGCAAGCGGGUCGGGACGCAAUGCUGGGUGUUUGGGGCAAUUGCUUUUCUGGAGGCGUUGGCCUGUAUUAAAUUUGGACAGGACUUGUUUUCCAAGACGCAGAUCCUGUAUGUGUUUUCUUGGCUCCUUUGUUUGGCUUUCAUCACAUUCCUCUGUCUCUAUGUGAUGGUCUGGUAUGCCGAGAACUACGGACCCAGAGAGAAGAGCUUCUCGGAUUACGAAGACGGUGUUUACUCUGAGACGGCAGCUGACAGUGUGUCUGAAUGCAAAGGGGAGUUUGAGAUGUCUAGCACAGCUUCCUCUUCUAGAAGGAAAGGGCGGGACUCUGGAAAAGCCAAACCCAUCAACGGCACGGAGAAAUAAGUCAUUUACGGCGCCCUCGACAGGGUGAAAGAAGACUUUUGCACAUUUGAAUUACUCCUGUCAAUGGAGGGAAUGCCACAUGACUUUAACAGAAGGUGAGAUGGUCUCAGGUUUGGUCCUAAUAUUUCAAACGGCGAGCAUUCGGGAAUACCGUCUGCUCCGUAACGGAUGAAAGACCCUUUGAAAAGUUUGUACAAUCUUCAGAUAAUGAGCUCGUUUUCACUGUUAAUCCUGACACAGUGCUGGAUAUUAUUUGUGUUUUAGUAGCAUGUGUGCUCAUGUGUGUUUGCUACUAACAGUACUGUGUUCAAAGUAUUUUACAGAUUUAUUUUCAACCGUGUAUUAUAUGCAACUGAUUUCAAAUUAUAUCUCUAAUAUCAAAAUGUUUCUAAAAGUGUUCUCAAAUGAUGAUCGCAUUGUUUCAAGUCAACAUGAACUCUUGUUUACGUCCAUAUGAUACAUGAUAUUCUACAUCAAAACAAAACCUUUGUCUUUAAUCGUUUACAAGGAUUUAUUACGCAGCUCUCUGGAAUACUCUGCGCUGAUUGGCCAGGUCUGACAUGUCUUAAUAAUGAGCGAACGUCUCGUAUCACUCAAGGAGUCGCGUAAUAAGCAGGAUAAUGCGUAAUCAGACGGUCAUUUUCACAACCGAAAACCUGACGCAAACCAGAGGUGGAAUUCAGCUGUUUCUGGAGACUCCGCCCUCUUUCUUCUCGCAGAAUAACAUCAUUUCAACUCGAGUCAGUGUAUCAUUUCCAUAUCGAUAUUUAAUUGGUAAAUAUCCAUGUAAGAAGUGUUCAAACACAGUCAGACGGGCGUUAUCGCAGAACGUGUCAGCCCGUCUGUAUUAUUUGAGUUUGCAAUAAUGCCUGGAUGAUUGUUUCCGUUAUCUGUUAUGUAAUAACUUGAACUGAAAUUGCACAUCGCUGGUUAAACAUCUGCUGUAAUAGGGCUAAACAUUUAGGAUUUAUUCGUUGCCUGCAAACAGUUUCAUUUUGUCCGAAUACACGGCUACUUUUCAGUGGUCGUCCGGUGCAUUUUGCGCCCAUAAUGGCAUAGUUACGGCACCUGAUUUGAGCUUCGAUUACGGUCAGGGCUGGACUGGUAAUCUAGCAUACCGGGCAUUUUCCCGGUGGGUCGGUUGGCCGCGAAAUGUGCCGAACGGGGCGCGAUUAGCAACAAUGAGCCGCCGCGUUAUGUAGAACAGUUGGGUCAGUUGCCAUGUAAACUACCGGACCGAUUUCUCUUCCCAGUCCAGCCCUGAUUACGGAAGUGAAAUACGUUUGUGAACGUCAUUUGAUGUUGACUUUAAACUACGGAGCCCCUUUGGGGACAGGGAGGGUAUUUAAGUUCUGUAAUAGUUUUGCAUUCUCUCACAAUUAUUUGGGGUUCCCUCACAAUAGAGAUGGGGCUCCAUCUCUUACCGAAAUCAGCCACGGAGUGCGUUAACAUGCGCGAUCUUACACCAACUAUGCUCAGAUGGUUUCUCCUCAUCUGCACUGCAUGCACGAUAUUAAACAUUUAUGUAACACUGAAUAUAAUGUAUAAUAAUCCUCAUAUAUGGCAGUCCUAAUAAUGCACAUGUAAUGAGUUCAUGAUAAGCAUGCACGUAUUUUUGGAAAAGAAUAGUUUAGACAAAUUUAAUCAGUGACAGUGCUGUUUUAAAAACCUACAAUAUUCAUUUAAAAUACCUAAAAUGUACAUAUUCAGUGCCAGUGUACAAGCAUAUGAAUCUAACAUGUGCAUCUAAUAUAAUUAUGUAUUUUUCAGCUGUGCAGAAUUAUUAAUAUUCCUAUUCUGGCCUGAUUAUUUUAACCCAUUGAACAUUUCACUCUUUAAUGCACAGUACUUUUUGUUAAGUUUAACAGUUAAUGAAAGGAACAGUUUUGCAUAUGCCCUGAAGUUAAUAAUAAUAAUAAUAAUUAAAAAUGAAAACUUAACCGGUUGAUGAACGGCCCUGACCUGUGGACGGUGGAAAUGACCUGAACUGAAAUGGUUGUAUUUUCGGGACCCUUUGGAGUUUGGACACAGUUGUGGUCUCUUUUGAAAGAAGACACUUUGGGCUUUAUUUCACAAGUUUCACAAUUAAUAUAUGUUGUUAUUUACUAAAGUUAGAGAAGCUGAAGUUUAUAGUAAUGGAAAUAUUUUGUGUUGAACAUGUUUUAUAAUGUAAAGAAACAAUAAUAAAAGUGCCAAGACAACCCAGAAAUACAAUGUUCUCAAAGUCACGAGUCUAAAGAAGUUUCGUUUCAAAUAUGAAGAUGAUCGAAUUAUAAAUGAGUUCCUGCAGCUUUAAAUCUCUGUAAAAUCUCUGGAAGUGUUCAGAGUGAAAUUAAGCUCCGCCUCUCAAGACGACACUAAAUCUGACGGCACUGCUCGACUAUUAUGAAUAAAACUACGCCACAUUUUUAUAAACAGACUUUGGAGACGGCUGGUUUUGUUUAUGAGACUCUAAUAUAUCAGAUCAUAAACAGUUUUACAACAUGAAUGCUGCUCAGAUUGCAGUUUGAUGAAGAACGAUGAUGAAGGGUAAUUCUUUCAGGAGAGAUCUCAUGUAAACAAUGGAGAAUAUAUCAAUAUUUCUCACAUUUAUCACUUUUAUGGACAAAAAGUGCGAUUGGAUGUUUUUAAUGUUUUCAUAAUAAAAGUCCCGUUUUGAUAUCGCACGUUUUCAUAAUAAAAGUCCCGUUUUGAUAUCGCAUGUUUUCAUUUGUACUCCUGCACAAAUAACUCAAUCACUGUUUCUGGAGGAUUGCUAUCGUGAAACUGAGAUCGGAUAUCAAUGUUGAACCCUUUGACCUUUGAUGUAUAAUGUUAACAUUAAUUACAUUUAUAGACGGUAAAUUAUAUAUUAAAUGUAAGCAGAGUGACGUCACCACCGCGUGCGGGCGAUUGCGUAUCAACAGGUUCAAUUUUCAUAAUUCAGGAUCAAGUUUUGUGAGUAUAAAAAAGUGAAUUUACUACUGUAAAUCGAACCAAAUCCUUCCACAUUUUAUAAUUUCUGUUUUUUAUUAUUUAAUAUUUUUACUCGAUUAAUCGAAGAAAUAAUCGAAGAUUAAUCGCUUUUCAAAAUAAUCGGUAGUUGCAGCCUUAAGCUGCGUACACACUGCCAGCGACAUCCCGCGCGACAGCGACACCAUCCCAUUCAUUUUCAAUGAGAGCACAGUGACUUCCGGCGACACGAGCUGUCGCGACCGUUGGUGACUAGAUGUGGGCGUGUCCAGCGACGCGACAAAGUUGAGACAAGUUCAACUUCAUUCAAAUGAAGAGCGACUUACGGAAGCGACAGCCAAUAGGAGAGAAGACGGGAGAGCUCACGUGAACCUCUCUCUCUCUCUCUCUCUCUCUCUCAGCUCCUGCAGUAACGGAUAGAGGGAUGAAAGGCUAAUUCUUGCUGUUAGCAAUUCUCCAGUGCUCUAUGAUAUGGAUAUGGUAUAUCCAGCCGCAGCUCUUGCACCAGCCGGUGGUACUCGCCGUGCUGACUCCGAGAUUGAAUGGUUUUGUGGACCCAGACAGACCGGCGUUUGCAUUUUCGCCGCAGAUAAACCGCCGCUAUGGCAAACAGCACGCCUUGUUUCUCAUUCAUCUUUGAUAUAAAGCAUUUUAUGUACUAAUUCCAUUUAUAUUUAGUCUUUUCCCUCCCAAAUGUUUGUUUUUAGCGCCAAGAAAAGCGAUUCGCUGACAACAGCAAUGGAAUGACAUCCGUGAAUGUUAUUUAUAAACGUUACUAGGCAACCAGUAGUGGGAACGCCCACUAGCGACUUCACCGCCAGCCACUGGCGACCUGCAGCGACAAAGUCGCUGGCAGUGUGUACGCAGCUAUAAAAUGGCCUUGUUUAGUUUUUUACUGAAGUAACUAAAUUUCAACCAUGAUAUUUAUGGUAAAGCCAUGGAAAAAACUAAACUACCAGAAAAAAAUGGUGACUACCAUUUUAAUUAAUUAACACAAUGGUUAGUUUGUUACAAGUGCCACGGUUUUUAAACACAAUUGUUUCCAGCUAGAAAAAAAACAAUAAUUCUUACAGAAAGUAUCCGUGGUUUCACUAGAGUGGCGGAGCUAGGGGUGGCCGUGGCCACCAUGGACCGAACCUGGUAACCCCAUUGGCACCCCACUAGGAAUUGCUGUUUUUUUGUUCAUUUUUUGCCGCAAUUUAGUUCUUUUAGAGGUGAAAUAAUCUCUGCACAAAUGUACAAACUUAACAUGUGUGCACACCAAGGUCGCCAAACCUCUCCAUCCUGGGUGUCAUUGUUACCCACUCAAGCUGUUGCGAGGGAACCCAAAAUAAUUGCAAGGCAACCCAAAGCUGUUUCAGAAAAUAAAUUCCCCCUCUUUCCUCUAAAGGGGCUCCGGAUUGAACGUGUAUCAAUGGAAAGGCCGAUUGUUCCUGUGUAUAUUGUCCCGACUGAAUCUGUUCAUGACUUUAGUUGAAUGUUUCCGGGUUAAGCUGCUUUGGAAGGAUCGGAAUGAAAGCGAGGUAUUGGCCUAGAUUUCAGAGAAGCACAUGAUUUUGAGCUCUUUUUAGACUGGUAGUGGCUCCACUCAUGUUGUACUUGAAACAGGAUGUUUUAAUGUGUGAGAUUUGUAUUAUUAGUGAAUUCAUAGUUUAUGCCUCCAGUGAUUAUUCAGCAGCUGGACGGACUGGAGAGGGGAUCAGUUCUGCAUGUCUGUGAAAAUAUCAUCUACGUCGCAUCUUGCAAGAGCGGUUUUAUCGAUAUCACCUCUGAUGUGAGUGUGUGUGUAAUGUUUGAAAUGUUCCUGGUCUCACCACACACCUUUAAACCAGUAUUUAAGCCUUUUAGACAAAGAUGUAUCCAUUAAUACAGAACAAAUGUGUGCCUGCAUGCAUGUUUUUUUUUAAUGAACUGUUAUAUUGCUUUGAUUUUGUGUGUGCGUUGUUCAUUAGUGAUCGAUUACAUGGAUUUUUUCAGUUCAAUGGGGCCCAAAAUUAUUUGGACACUUAAGUCACUCUUAAAAAUGUAUGAAUGUCUUUGUAUGAAGUCAGUGCAGAAACUAACAUUUUUUUUUUUGACAUCCAGACAUUUUAAAGUGUGCCUUAAGUGAAUGUAUUUUUGUGGACACUGUAUAUGUGAUAGACUCGCAGUUAAGAUGUACAAAUAUAAGCUACCACCCAUGGAGUCGCGAGUUUGAAUCCAGGUCGUGCUGAGUGGCUCCAGCCGGGUCUCCUAAGCAACCAAAUUGUCCCGGUUGCUAGGGAGGGUAGAGUCACAUGGGGUAACCUCCUCGUGGUCGCUAUAAUGUGGUUGGGCACGUGGCGAGUUGUGCGUGGAUGCCGCGGAGAAUACGGUGAAGACUCCACACGCGCCACGUCUCCGUGGUAACGCACUCAACAAACCACGUGAUGAGAUGCGCGGAUUGACGGUCUCAGACGCGGAGGCAACUGAGAUUCGUCCUCCGCCACCCAGAUUGAGGCGACUCACUACGCCACCACGAGGUCUUGGAGGGCAUUGGGAAUUGGGCGUUCCAAAUUGGGGAGAAAAAAACAAUAGAUGCACAAAUAGUUGCUGAAAUGACUUUUUUGGCCCAUUUUUUUAGCCAAUGCCUAGAAUAUCAAAAUAUCGGCUGGUUUAUCGGUUGAUUACUUGUGUUCACAAUACAGUGUCCUGCGAGUUCCAAGCUUUUUGAGGAUUUUAAAGACCUUUUUAAAGGUCUUCAUGACGAUCUGCUCACCUCAUGUUGUGUUUCGGAAGUAAUGCUACAUAUCCAUUGGACAAAACGCUUUGUAAGAGAUUAUGUUUUCUGUGUUAUUUGUGUGUGUCUCUGUACAGUUGCUGUUAAACAUCACAUGCCUGUCUUGAUUCUGAUUUGUACAUUUCCCAUAAACUGUGAAGUAAACAGUGUUUGUCUUUUCAGUAAUGAAUACUUUUAGUUUUCAAUAAAGAAUGGCACAAUGUGACUGCAAAGAAUGUCCAUGCUUUUUGCCUUUGUUUUAGCACAUCGAAAGGAAAUGCUGCUUUCACGUCAUCCAUACUGAAAUCAGAAGUGUAUGAUGCAACAAUCGCUGCCAAAUCAACCAGAACUAGUAGAAUAGUAGGGAGUAUGCAGUACACACUGUGCUGUAUUGAGUAAGUAUUAAGGUAGCAUUCCAUUCCAAACAUAGUCAAAUUCAGCACUGCGUACUAUUUUUUAAAAUAGUUUAUGAAACUGCAUGCAUCAUUCAACGAAAUACAUCUUGAAGGGUUUGCUGCAUUGCUUUCACAUGACCUCAUGACAUUGCAUCAUUUUGGAAAUAAAAAUGGUUAUUGUAAACAAAUUUUCAAGUGAAGAAUGCUUGAAAAUGUUGAAUGUGAUCAAUGUUCCAUUUCCAGUGUGACAAAUGAACCUGAAGUAAAA